AUGACUAUUAAGUUUGUAGUUGGAGAGUGCACCCUAAAUAUCGUUAGCGCUUACGCGACACAUGCGGGCAUGAAUGAGGAGGUUAAAAGGCACUUCUGGGAGGGGUUGUAUGAGAUUGUGCGUAAUGUUCUGCCUGCUGAGAGGUUAUUUAUAGAAGGGGAUUCCAAUGGACAUAUUGGGUCGUCUACAAGUGGCUAUAGCGAGGUGCAUGAAGGCUUCAGUUUUGGGGAUAUGAACGGAGGAGGUACUUCACUGUUGGAUUUCGUUAAGGCUUUUGAGUUGGUGAUUGCAAACUUAAGUUUUCCGAAGAGGGAGGAGUACUUGGUUACUUUCCAAAGUGCGGUGGCGAAGACUCAUAUUGACUAUCUCCUCCUCAGGAGAUGUGACAGAGGGCUGUGUAAGGAUUGCAAGGUUAUCUCGGGUGAAAUCCUCGCGACGCAGCAUAGGCUCUUAGUGAUAGACACUGGUAUUAUGUGGACAAUCGAGGAUCAUGUGGGGAGCCUUGACUAA